UACAGUGAUCAGCAUUUAUUAAUUUAUGUGACUGCAGGGUCCAGGGAGACCAGAUAUAGUGAAUGCAGGGUCCAGGGAGACCAGAUAUAGUGAAUGCAGGGUCCAGGGAGACCAGAUAUAGUGAAUGCAGGGUCCGGGGAGACCGAUAUAGUGAAUGCAGGGUCCGGGGAGACCGGAUAUAGUGAAUGCAGGGUCCGGGGAGACCAGAUAUAGUGAAUGCAGGGUCCGGGGAGACCAGAUAUAGUGAAUGCAGGGUCCAGGGGAGACCGGAUAUAGUGAAUGCAGGGUCCGGGGAGACCGGAUAUAGUGAAUGCAGGGGUCCGGGGAGACCAGAUAUAGUGAAUGCAGGGUCCGGGGAGACCAGAUAUAGUGAAUGCAGGGUCCGGGGAGACCAUAUAUAGUGAAU